AGUAAAAUCAUAUAUCUUUUACUGUUAGCAUACUUGAUCCCAAUCCUUUCAUACCACAGCGACAAAUCAUGGUGAUGGAGCACUUACAAAGUUGACUUGAGGCUGUUUAUUCAUGUCGACAAGUUAUAAUCCCUUAAAAGAGUUAUUAUACUAAAACGGGAGCUUAAAGUGUUAUCCGGAAAUAGAACAAGUUGAAAUGGUCGCAGUCAACAGUUUCAUGGUUUACUUUACGGAAAAAUUUAAGGCUGUAUAGAUUCCAAUGGUCAGACCGUGAGCGUGUAUAGAAUAUAACGUCGACCUAAAAAUUUACCCCGUCGUGAAAUUCCUCUAAUAUAGUUUACCUGGAUAGCGGCCGUAAAUGUGAGGUAUUGAAUAAGAUCUAAUGGCAAAACAAUGGCCCUUUAUAGAGAAUUAUUAAAGGAGAAGGAAGCCCAGAACUGGGUAAAGGCCGCCCUCGCCCUCAACAUCACCAAGGACGGAUUACAAGAUUUUCUGGAGGACGUACUGACAUGCGUUCACCAGGACAUCUAUAGCACCGUUAGAACAUCCAAGGGUCUUCCAGGCGGGGCAGCAUGUGCACAUUGUUUCACAGAGAACGUGUUAAAGUGCCCUACUCGUAGGAUAUGCACCAGUCAUGAAAACUGUAGAUUUCAUAACGGUCCUUCAAAACAGUAUGUUCCUUGUUCAAACGGGAUUUGUGAAGGCGUCCGUGAUGAAAUAAUUCAACAUCACAUGUUUUCGGGACCAUCAUGGAAGAAUACGAAUGCCGACAAAUGGAGCACCAUUCCCUGGGAGAUAGGCAAGUGUUUCCUGCCUCCUGAUGGCUACAAAACCGUGUCCUCCAUCAAAGACAGUGACUUCAACGGAGUGAUCAGCGUCAUGAUGAAUUGCAAGGAUUUCCAGAACAAGCUGUCGUUUAACGUUGCAACACAGCCAAAUUUAUUGACAGAGGUUCGGGACAUUGGUCGACGCGUACGCCACUCCCAUGACCAGAGGGUCAAGGACACGGAACUGGUGGAGUUCUUGUUCAAGCUCCGCACCCUGCUGGAGGAUAAGACUGAAUUAGCAAACCGACCCAAGGCGCAACACGCCGUGGAACAGCUUAAACAGCUGCAAGCGGACGAUUUUAAGAUCAGUGCUGAGAACGAACGGGAGGUGUUGAUGGAAGGACUACAACUACGUUUGGCAAACCAUUACCGAACCACUUUGGCCGACAUGCCGAUAUCUCCCAUUCUUGUAGAAAUGAACGCCAAACUCAGUAAAUUCUACGUGGCACCGAAAAUUGUGGAGAAAGAUCAUGGAAAAAUCGGCAAAAUUGGAAAGGGAGAAAGUGGUCAAGAAGUUGCAAAAUUUUCAGAUCUUUUCUUAAAAAACGGUCAGUUGCUCAGAAAUGUUUUCCUCGUUGGUGAACCUGGCCAGGGAAAAUCCACUUUCUCCGUAAUGUGUGCCCUGGAAUGGACUCACCAGUAUUUACCAGCUGAGGAAAACGUUGGUAUUAAAACAAGUUAUGCCGACCCAGAAUUCUUCAAAGAGUUUGCAUUUUUGUUUCAUGUCACCCUACGAGAUUCAGGUAAAACUUGUGAUCUAGCUGAAAUGAUCAAGGAUCAACUUAUACGUAGAAUCUACCUCAUGGAGGGUGCCUUCGUGCUAUUACAGACGGUGUUGGAAAGUGAAAAAUGUUUAAUCAUAGCUGACGGCCUCGACGAAUGGACUCAUCCGGAAAACGUAAACUGUACCUGCAAAACUGAGGAAAAAGUCAUCCCUUUCCGAAAUUCGGGCAUCAAGGCCACACUCCUCACGACAACGCGUCCCUGGCGACUGUCACAGUUUAGAGUGCCGAAUUCAAAGAUUGACAAAUAUCUUGAAAUUGAAGGAGCUGCAGACACAAGGCAACUCGUGGAAAAUAUCAUCACCAUUCUUAAUGAGGGAAAUAAGGAUGAACGGACACCAGAGGCUUUCAUGGAAAUGGUGUCAGGGAAGGGUCUUGAAGGAUUAUUGUCAGCACCUAUCAGUAUCACCCAGCUCGUGUGCCUGUGGUUCGAGAGCAAAUCGUUAAUCAAUUCGAAGUGUCACAUUUAUGCUGGCGUGAUAAACAUGCUAUCAUGUAGACUUACUUAUAUGCAAAGGGGGCAUAACAUUCCGGAAAUUGAACUGCCAUCUGUAUUAAAGGAACAUGAAUGCUUCACGCAAAAUCCCAUGGUUUACCUUGCGCUGGCAAAGUUAGCAUACACAACAUUGUAUUCAGAGUGCAGAGAUUCGUCUGUUGUUUUCAGCAACAAAACAGUCAACGCUUUGUUAAGCAGGGAGCAGGUUGAAUUUGCAUUGACGUCAGGCUUACUCACGGAGAGGAAAUCCAACUCAUUGAUCGUGAGAUCAUCUCACUUUUCAUUCUUUCAUAAAACACUUCAAGAGUUUUUAGCGGCUCUUCAUUUAUGUUUAAAUGAAAACGACUACAGUCAGCUACCAACCAAGUACGAACAAGAUAAUAAGGAAAAUAUUUUGGGAGAUGUUUCCAAAACAUUUAUUUUCAUAUGUGGAAUGAAGCCCAAUCUCGGGGUACAAAUGUCUUCAUGGGUCAAUAGUUCUAUAACACAAACAUCAAUGAUGAAUUGGUUCGGCGACGUCAAGGGGGGUAAACUACUUCAGGACAUGAUUAUAUCCGGGUACCGUGAAACCAGGGCGAACAGCUAUGGUGACAUACCGCUCUAUCUCGCACACUUCCAGAUUAGUAGUUACCAGGAUGUCGUAGUGUUAAAAAAACUGAUGAUGAUGAACAAGGGACGUAUUCAGUCAUUAUACAUCGAUGAAUGCAAUGAUCAAAUUAAUGGGGAAGAGCUGCAGGAGGUGAUCACAUCCUCCCCUGACUCCCUCAGAGAAGUGAAACUGGUGGACCGUGAUGGGCAGUAUGACCUGUCCCACUGUCAUAGGCUGGAAUAUCUGCAAAUAGUGGGACCCAAGACAACAGGCGUGCAGGUUGAUCCAACAAAUAUUAAAACAUGUGCCUUGGAGUUAGUAUCAUUGAAUGUUGAAAUGAACAUAUUUAGAUUAUUUAAAAACCGUCAAUGGUGGAGUAAACUACAAAGUGUUUUGAUAAAUAGCGUUACGAAUAUCCAGUUGCUUGUUGAUACACUACCAAGUCUCCCCCAGUUACAAAGCCUUGCUAUAUGGAAUACAGAUCUAGGUGAGCUCCACCUCCUCCCUCCAGUCUCCAUCACCGAUAUUAGACUUGAGUAUGUGCAAAUGACAGCGGAGGCGUUGCGGAGUCUGAUCGAGACGACGAAGAACAUACCACACACCAUUACAUGCGACAUGGAGCGCUGCACGGUGAAACCUGCCAGUGAGAUAAAAGACAUCCAAGAGCAUUUGGAGAGUUCGCCGUCAUUCAAGGCUCACCCCUCAGACAAUACAAGUGAAGGGUUUACUUGUACAUUCAUCAAAAAGUGAACAAUGAGUUGAAUGUUAGCAUCGAUUAUGGGAAUUCAUGUUUGAUGAAAAAACAGUGAAACGAUCAAUGAAAAUGUCAGUCUAAUUAUAGAAAUAUGUAAUAGGUUACUUUUACACGAACUAAUUAUCAUCAGCCACUUUCUAUGUGUAUUCAAUUAAUUAUACCCCCUUUGGAAGAAGAGGGGUAAAUUGCUUUGCACAUGUCAGUCGGUCGGUCGGUAGAUCCGUCGGUAUACCAAAUCUUGUCCGAGUGAUAUCUCAACAGUGCCUGGAUGUAUGGUCAUCAACCUGAUAUGAAGGUUGGGUCUGACCGUAGAUGACCCCUAUUGAUUUUAGGGGUCAUCGGGCCAAAGGUCAAGGUAUAGUGACCUUUAUUGGUAAAAGGAUUGUAAAGCUUGUCUGAGUGAUGACUCAACAAAGCCUAGACCUAUGGUCACCAAACUUGACAUGGUUGCUUGGCCUGAUAAGUAGAUGACCGCUAUUGAUUUUAGGGCUCAUUGGGUCAAAGGUCAAGGUCACAGUAACCUUGAAUGAUGAAAGGUUGUCCAAGUGACAAUGCCUGCACCCAUGGCCCUCAAACUUGACUUGUAGGUUGGGCAUGACCAGUUGAUGACCACUAUUGGUUUUGGGGGUCAUCAGGCCAAAGGACAAGGUCACAGUGACUUGAAAGAUAAAAGGUUGUCCGAGUAAAAACUUGACAAUGACUGGACCCAUGGCCCUCAAACUUAACUUGGAGGUUGGGCCUGACCAGUAGAUGACCCUUAUUGAUUUAGGGGUCAUUGGGUCAAAGGUCAAGGUCACAGUGACCUUGAAGGCAAACUUGACAAUACCUGGACCUAUGGUAAUCAAACUUGACAUGAAGGUUUGGCCUGACCAGUAGAUGACCCCUAUUGAUUUAGGGGGUCAUCGUGCAAAAGGUCAAGGUCACAGUGAACUUUAAUGAGAAAAAGUUAACAAAGCUUUAUGCAGUGAUUUCUCAACAGUGCCUUGACUUGAUCAUCAAACUUGACAUGGAGGCUGGGCCUGACCAGUAGAUAACCCCUGUUGAUUUUAUGAGUCAUCUGGUCAAAGGUCACGGUCACAGUGACCUUAAAUGUGAAAAUGAUGUUUGAGUGAUAACAUGACAAUGCUUGCACACAUGGCCCUCAAACUUGACUUUGGGGUUGGGACUGACCUGGAGAUGACCCCUUAUGAUUUUAUGGGUAUUUGGGUCAAAGGUCAAGGUCACAGUGACCUUGAACGCAAUAAGCUUGUCUGUGGGAUAACUGCACCCAUGGCCCUCAAACUUGACAUUAAGUCAUUUUGACAUGACCUGUUAAUGACCCCUAUGGAUUUUGAGGUCAUAGAGUCAAGGGUCAUGGUCAUAACUCAUAUUUGUCAUAUUUACUUAUUCCCUGCUGCUUAAAGGAUACAUCUUUAUCUGCAAAUAUCAGUUACCAUCUGAACAUGAUUAAAAACUGUACCUAUUAUCCUCCAACUUUGAAUGGUUAUAAUCGUUAAAAAUUGUCUCAAAGGCAUCCAAUGUCAAUGACAAAUCGGCUGUCAUUUCAGUCCAUUCAUAUUUCAUUCAAUUGUCCAAAUAAUUUUACACCUCAUCUUCCAUUCCUUAAAUGAACUGCCUUUCGGCAAUUGCAGUUAUCAUCCAAUGUACGCAACAUCUUCGGAUAUGUUCGAACCACCGCAUAACAAUAUACAUGGACAUUGUUUAUCUGGUAAUUGUUUGUAUUUUGUCAGCAGGUCCCGUAAACAAUAAACAAACACUAGGUCACAGGGCCCAAACAUAGAAAAACAUUGUUAACACUCUAGAGGAAACAUUUUCAGCCCAAAUAUCCAGGAAAUUUGUCAAAAAGGUUGUUUCGAUGAUUUCUAGUUCGAAUAUGGGUCGUCUGAAGGCAGACAGAUUUAUCACCAUACCAUUAUACUAUCUGAAGGCGGACACAUUUAUUGUAGCAAACAUAUUUUGAUUUUGUUUUUACUUAUUAGAGGACUGUAUAAAAUUUUGUAUCGCUA